AUGGCCGCCGUCCAUGCUCAACCCACGAGUGCACACGAUGCCAACGACCAGGCGCUGUGGCCUCAGGCCCCGGUGCAGCUCCAACGAGGGCGGCAGCCAAAGGACUCGCAGGCCAAGAUCGUGUCCUUUGGCCCUGUGCGCUCGCUCGACCAAUUCGAGACGUCGUUGCGCGAAUACCUGAGGAGUCCCCCCAAGGAGCCUGAGCACACCGAGGCCCAAUUCGCCUUCGAUAUCGACACGUCUUUCGCAGUCCCGCUGGCGACUAAGCAGACGCCGUCCCAGCAGCCUCAGCAGGCAACUCAGCCGCCGCCGCCGCUGCAACAACAACACCCACCACCCCACCUCGCCCAUCAAUACAACCAUGCACCACCCGGCUACCAGUCUGCGCAUUUCCCUGCGCAGUACCACUCUCUCGCGGACCCCACUGCCGCGCUGGGGCACAGCUAUGCCGAGUCUAUUGAGCCCAACAAUGGCGCGUCCAAGACGGCGGAGCAGAAAGUCGCAUUGAGCGUCAGAGAGGCGCUGCAGCCGACGCCGGAGGACUCCAAGGUGAGGAUGCGCAAGCAGAGGGCGGUUGCCAAGUGCUGCGUGGACAUGAUACAGAGGAUCGACGGAUACCGCUACAGCUUCCACAACUGCUGGAUCAGCCGGGAGGACGACAGCUACCGCUUCUCCUACUACUGCAACGACUCGCUGCUCAACAAGGACCGCGCUGCCAACGGCAAGGGCACCAAGCAGGGAAAGCGCGCCACGAAGCCCGUUUACGACUGCAAAGGCGUCCUGUCCAUCAAGUUCUCGGCCACCAAACAGACGCUCGACGUCUUCUACAAGCAUGUGCCCAUACACAAGACAUACGAAGAGCGCGCCCCGCCGCCACGAAAAGACUCGAAGCGCCGCAAGUAUCUUGAGGAGAACGAUCCAGAGGCGCUGGCCAGGCUCGCAAGCCGCUCGAGGCAGCUGAGCAGCGAAGACCCGGACACACCCAGGGUGCUGAAGAAGAAGCGGUCCGACCCUCCACCAGAGCCCCCGAGGCCCUUCAACACAAUCGAGAGCGAUUUGAGGCAGCAGAGUCUGCGUUCGUUGUUGGAGCUGAUCCAGCCACCUGCAGAGUCACAGCACACAAUCAUAGAAACUCCACCACCUCCUCCGCCGCCUCCGCCUCCGCCCCAGCGUCCCCCUCCGCAAAGACCCCACCCCGGACCACGCCCUACACUACACGUUGAAACGCAGGCCAUAGCAGCACCACAGCGGAAACGUCCAAGGAAUAGUUGCGACGUCUGCAAGGCAAAGAAGACCAAGUGCGAUGGCAUAAGACCUGCCUGUUCGACCUGUAACGACAAGAAACGGGUGUGCUUCUACUCGGAGCCAGCCAACGGCGAGGACCAGCGCCCACCCACCAAUACCCCCGAACCCGCACGUCAAUCUGCGAACAAUGCCAUGUCCGAGCUCGAGAUGCUGAAGAAACAGCUUGAGGAAGCAAAGGCCAAGAUACGAGAGUUUGAGUCGGAGAAGCGAGCGUCGACUACUCCUGUUCAGACGCCGCAGAUGGGACCGCGGCCUCGAUCGCAGCAAUCCAAAGCCCAGCAGCAGCCGCCGUCGCAACCGCAUUCGCAGCCCGCACCACAACCACAACAAGUACAUAUGCAGCAGCAGCCACAGCAAAUGCAUGUCCCACCACAGUCCCGCCAUCGGCCACAUGUCGCUCAAGCGCAGGCCCUACCUCAUGCUUCUCAGCAGCUGCAGCGUCAACAGUCGAUACCAAACCACCGCCAACAACUGCAGCAACUCAAUCAGGGCCUUCCGCAUGGCAUAAGAAGCCCGCAGCAGCAACUAGCCUACAAAAUGGGUAGUCAAUCACCUCAACAACGCCUACCGAACGCGCCGCAACAACCUCAGCAGACACAGCCUCAGCAGAUUGGGCCCCCGCAACAAUCUCUCACGCCGCAACAACAGUUCCAAGCAGCAGCCGCGCAGCAAAUGCAGACUACGCAGCUCCAGACACACCCAAACUACUUCACCGCCAAUCACUCCAACCACUCUCCGUACGGAACCCUCCACCGAACCAUGCCACAGAAUACGCUGCCAGUCAACACUAUGGCCACUCAGCCCAUGGUGGCGCAGAAUAGUAUAGCGGGACAGACGAACGCACACAUACCGCAGACGCAGCCUCAACAGCCCCCCGCACCCGCCAUCGAUACGAGCAAUGGAUUUGGGCGCGGCGACUUUGCAUGGGCGCCGAAUGGAUACUAUGGGUACCAGAACGCGGCACCGCAGCAGCAGCAGCAACAAAACCAACAGCAGAACCAACAACAGCAGCAGCAAGACCAAUGGGCCGCGGCAAGAGGGCCAGGUGUUUACAGAUAA